AUGUACGCCGUCAAGCCAUGGGGCCAUGUCCUCCUCGUCGGAAGCUGUGUCGGGACGUACGCGAUGGGCAUCGGCAUGCGAUGGCGAGAAUCGAAUGUGACGAUUAUUGAACGGCGGCAGAGCCCAUCGUACGAGCGCGCAGAGGUGCGGCGCUGCGUGGUGACAGAUCAAACUGUGAAGCUGCUGACAGACUUGGGGUGCACGGAGAGGAAACUCCUCUCCGUGCUGCGUCCCGCUCGCGGGUGGCGCUUCCUCUCCCCUGACCUCACACUUCUUCGAGAGGGGUCCGUCUUUCCCGGCUGUGCGAUCGGCGAAACGGCAUACCAGUGCACGGAGGGCGUCUUGCUGCGCACUCUUCGCACAGAGUUUCUGCGGUUUGGCGGCACUAUCGACUGGGAGACGGAGGCACACAGUGCCGACGCAAACAACGACGGCAGCGACACCUGGUGCUUGCGCAAGGACUAUGGCCUCUGCACCAACGCGGAGGCCAUCAUCACCAUGGCGAAGGCGACCCCCUUCACCGAGAUGUUAGUUGCGCGCGACCCAAGCAGAAUAGCAGUGCUCUUUGACGUGGAGCGUGGCGUGUGUAAGCUCGAUAGCCGCGCUGCGAGCGUUUUGUUUGACCAGCAGUCCGAUGUCUCAAUAGUGGUGGGAAACGGCAUUGCCCUGCACUGCUGGCGCUCCAGUGCUUCCGAGUGCGCGUGGCGACUCGUUCGGAGCGCCACAAAGCACUUAUCACUCGAUGGAAGCCUGGAUGGCAUGCACGACGUUCUGAGAGCUAUAAUUCGAAAGUCGGAGAAACGCUGCAGCUCUAUCUGCGCUCUACCAGGCACCACGCCAGCCAUCAAGGACGAAGCUGCGCACUUCCGUGUCGGGCUGUUGGGCGAUGGCCUUCUUCCCAUAGACCCAUUUGAGUGGAGGGGUGACAACGUCCGCUGCAUGAUUGAGGAGGCGUCGAAGGUGUGUCGUCUGUUUUAUGGCAAGAAGUACCACCGUGGUGACGUCGCCUCUCUGCUACGCGGGGCGGAGCAAGACUCCAUCGCGAAGCGGGCGAAUCUCCUCCAGCGUGAUCUGCAGGAUGCAGAGCACUUUCUCGCCGUUCAUCCUCUGCUGGAGAGCGAGCCCACUGCACUGGAGAUGUGUCGCGUCUGCUCCUGA